AUGGCCAGUCUCCAACACCCGUUCCAGUGUCUGCGAUAUGUCAACAGGCAGUCAGCAGGCCAAUCAGAUAUCCUUGUUGCCACUGCUGGUCGCAAUCUCUACUCUUACGAUGCGUCCAGUGGCCAGCGCCUGGAUGUAUGGCCUCAACCCGUAGAUGCUGAUGUGGAGGAUCAAAGCUCCGACGCAGCUCCCGCAUCUGAAAGCCAAGGGCCCCCAGAAAAGCGAAGGAAACUGUCUGAGAGCUCUGAGGAACAGAAAGAUGCCAAAUCUGAGUCAAAAUCUAAGGAUUCGAACAAAGAAGCUACCAACUCCUGGACCAACAUUCCUCUUCUGACUGUUGCCCACGGCAAAUAUGUAGUGAUCAUGACCUCUGAGGACAAAUGUGUUCGGGUCCUGAGUUUGGACAAUGAAGGCAAACUCAAGCAAUUGAGUGCUCGUACAAUGCCCAAGAAGCUUUCUGCGCUUACUCUGACUCCCGAUGAGAACAAUAUCUUGUCGGGUGACAAAUUCGGAGAUGUGUACACUUUCCCUCUGAUUCCCAGCGGAGAAUACGUGAAAGUGCAGGCUCCAGUGAAACCAUAUGAGCCAUCUGCCACAAACCUCACAGUGCACACGAAACGCAACCUUGAAUCAUUGGAGCAACAAAUGCGACAAGCAGCUCUGUCGAGGACCAGCCAAGCAGAACGAGUGGUACUUAACUUCGAACAUCAAGUCAUUAUCGGUCACGUUUCGUUGUUAACGGAUUUGAUCUCCGUUACCCGGCCUGCAGACUCGGCCGUUGGCAAGCGGAGUUACAUUCUGACUGCUGAUCGUGAUGAGCAUAUCCGCGUUUCCCGUGGUGUUCCCCAAGCGCAUGUAAUUGAACAGUUCUGCUUUGGCCACACUUCGUUUGUCAGCAGUCUUUGCGUCCCUUCGUUCGAACCCAAGGUUCUUGUUUCGGGUGGUGGCGACAACUAUCUGCUUGUGUGGGACUGGCUCGAGAACCAGAUCUUACAGAAAGUUCAGCUUCCUGGGUCGGAAGGAGAGACUACAGUGCGCGGUAUUUGGGAUGUUUCGCUUGCGCCUACCGCAGACAAUGUCGAUCCUGUGAAGGCUAUCUUUGUUGCGCUUGAAGGGUACGUUCUAAUGACAAUCGAUGAUAUCUAUACUUCUCCUAACAUUAAGAGCAGGUCUUCACAACUUAUUUACUACACUGUCGGAAGCGACAACACAAUGACUCACCAAGAUACCCUCCAGCUGUCAGGAAAUGUUCUUGAAGUGACUGGCAUUGAUUCAAGAGGCACUAUUCUUGUUGCCGUGGAUACCUUGCGGCAAUCCGAUUCGACAAGUGCCUGGAAGUCGUCCUCUCAGCCUCCUCUCGAAACUUUCCGGCUCAGUUCUGGGAAGUGGGCUCCUGUAGAAGACCCAAUGGUCACCAAAAUCAACUCCGAAGGUACUUCAAGUCUCCCUACGACAGUAGAGGAGAAACAGCAGAAAGAGCUCAAUGAUUCAGUGUACCAUUUGAGCAACCUGCGGAAGAGAGGUGACGCCUACGACGACUAA